CACAGGAAGAUCACACCAUCCCUCACCAUCAUCAGAGGGAAGGAGUGAUGGGUAUAAAAAUUGUGAUUAAAGAGGAAGAAGAGAUGUAUGAGAUAGAUGAUCAACUGUCUAUAAAAGAAGAUGAAAUGAUGGUGACACUUACGAAGGAGGAAUCUUCUCUAGAUGGCAGCACAGGAGGAGCCAAAGAUGAUAAUGGCGUGGCACAGUGUUCUCCAGGAGUAAGCAUUGUUACUCAAAAUGUACAUCACAAACGGAAGCAUACGGUACGAUCAACAGAUCGGAAUAAGUCUGAGGAGUCCAAAGCUAAAUCGCAUACUAUUAUCCCAAAGGUCCAACCAAGCCUUCGCAGGGCAGAUCUAUCCCCAGAUCCUUAUGGACCAGAGGAAUCUUCUCCCAAUAGCAUGCCUCCUUUUCAGGAAAAACGCUACACGUGUUCCGAGUGUCAGAAGUCCUUCAAGAAGAAAUCCAAACUUAUCGAACACAUGAGAAUCCACACCGGGGAAAAGCCCUUCUCGUGUCCCGAGUGUGGAAAGUCUUUCACCCAGAAGUCCCUACUCAACAGACACCAGAGAGUCCACACCGGCGAGAAGCCCUUUUCCUGUGCCGAUUGCGGGAAGUGCUUCCCCAGUAGAGGAAACCGUGAUAAGCACAUGAGAAUCCACACCGGGGAGAAGCCCUAUUCCUGUAACAAGUGUGGAAAAUGCUUCUCGGAUAAAGGGAACUGUGGUAAACACAUGAAAACUCACACAGGUGAGAAGUCGUUAUCCUGUCCGGAAUGCGGCAAGUUUUUUGCGCAGAAAAUGACACUAAUCAUCCACCAGAAUACACACCUCUGCUGAAAAACUUAUGGUGACAUUUCGUAAUCAAAAUCGUUAUGCUAGUAGAACAAUUGUACGAUAAAGAUGAGGCAAUCUGAAAGGAGAAGUAGUGUAUAGGUAACCUCCUUACAGCAGAGAAAAAACACUGUGAUGCAUAACCAUGAGUCCAAUAAACCAUUCUUCAUCGGGUAUGUCAGGGGAUUAUUCCGGUAAGCAAGCCUUUCACAAGAUGCCACUCCUCCAGAGAGACAAAAUAAAUCUCUGAAUCAAGACAUAAAAAUGCACAAAGCAGAGGGCGCCAGCAUUAAAACAUUUAUUGUAUCAUAAAAACAAAUUGACGACUCACAUGAAGGCAUGUUGAGCAUAAGAAAUCAGAACAUUCAGGGAACCCUGUAGCAGAGGUACUAAGUCCAGGGAUUGUGCAGCACUGCCGUU